AUGGCGGAUACAUACGACUUUGUGGUUGUCGGAGCCGGGACCUCGGGCUGCUUGCUCGCGCACCACCUCUCCCACGCGCCGAGCAAGCCGUCGGUGCUGGUGCUGGAGGCCGGCGGACAACCGUCGGGCGACUUCCUCAACGCGCCCGCGCACCGUUACCACGCCGCGCUGUUCCGCCCCGACCUCGACCACGGCUACGUCUCGGAGCCUGAACGCGCGCUCGGCGGCCGCUCGAUCGCGUACACGCGCGGCAAAGGACUCGGCGGGUCCUCGCUGCUGAAUUUCGGCGUCUACCUCAAGGGCAGCGCGGCGGAUUACGAGGCGUGGGCGGAGCGCGUGGGCGACGAGGCCUGGCGCUGGGAGACGGUCCGCAAAGACUAUGCGGCCAUGGAGACGUAUGAGUUCGACGGCGCCGCGGCGUAUCAGCACCUCUCGCGGCCGCGGCCGGGCGUGCAUGGCGUGUCUGGGAAGGUCAAGGUCGGGCUGCCGCCGGUGCUGGAGAAGGGCGUGCUGGAGACGAUGCAGGCGCUGGUGGGUGCGGGCGAGAAGGUCAACCUCGAUCCCAACUCGGGAGACCCUGUGGGCAUGAGCGUGUUUCCGUAUAGCUACAGCAAGGACGGGCGGUCGACGACCUACGCUUCCAAAGAGGUCAUUCUCUGCGCCGGCGCAAUUGACUCGCCGCGACUCCUCCUUGUCAACGGCAUUGGUCCCAAGUCCGAGCUGGAGAGCGUUGGUGUGGCGGUCAAGAAAGACCUGCCCGGCGUGGGCAAGCACCUCCAGGAUCACGUGCUGGCCUUCAUGAGCGUGGAAGUCGACGGUGCCUUGAACGAUCGAUGGGCGUUUGAAUCCAACGAGAAGCGCACGAGCGAGGCUGCGGCGCUGUGGGAAAAGGACAGGACAGGAGCGUUUGCGCUACAGCAGUCGUGCUUGUGGGGAGGCUUUCUCAAACACCCCGAGCUGACCUCGUUUCCCGAGUUCGCCGCGCUUCCGGCCGCGACACAGCGGUUCCUCGCAAAAGACGAUGUGCCGACGUACGAGUUCAUCAACAACUGCCUGGCCUGGCCGCCGGGUGUGCAGAUCGAGGAGGGCAACAGCUACAUGACGUGCGUUGCGUUCCUGAUGAACCCCCAAAGCGAAGGGUCCGUCACGCUGCGCUCGUCUGAUCCCAAGGAAAAGCCCGUCAUCCAGCUCAACUUCCUCAGCCACGCCUACGACGCGCGCAUCAUGCGCGAGGCCGUGCGGUCGGUGUGGGCCAAGAUCGCACACAACCAAGUGCUCAAGGCGUCCAUCAAGCGGACGCUCUGCGGACCAGCCAGUCUGUCUGACGCCGACGUCGACGCUUUUGUGCGCGACAACGCGAGCACCGUGUGGCACGCGAACGGGUCCGUCAUGAUGGGGAGGCCGGGCGAGCAGGGCGCCUGUGUAGACAAGGACUACCGAGUGCUGGGCGUCGAGGGGCUACGGGUCGCCGACUUGAGCGUCUGCCCGCUCUCGACGAACAACCACACACAGCCCACGGCGUACCUGAUUGGCUACAAGGCGGCGCAGAGACUGAUUCAGGCAUAUGGGCUAGACGCAGCGAGACAGACGAAAGAAGGCGCGAUUCUGGCCAGGAUGUAG